AUUCUCCUCUCAUCUAUUUGCGGUUCAUAGCCAACGAAUCUUCCUUCCACUUUCCUCCUCCUCUCCAACCUCCUCCUCUAUAUAGCCCUUUUUCUCUCCCUCUCCCCCAGAUUUCCCAAUACAAGAGUCUCUCUUAUCUGUUCAAUAACUCAGUUUUUCCUCUUUUCUUUUCUGCCCAAUUCUUUGAUCUUCUUGGUUGAAUUUCCGAUCUAUCAUGGAGUGCAGACCAUUAGAGAUCACUCUGAUCUCAGCCAAGGACAUUAAAGAUGUUAAUAUGUUCUCCAAGAUGGAUGUUUACGCCGAGGUUUCCAUCAAGGGCGAUCCUUAUAAUUCCAAGCAGAAACAGAAAACUCCUGUCGAUAAAGAUUGUGGAACCAAUCCCAAAUGGAAUUUUCCUAUGAAAUUCACCAUCCAUGAAGUUUCUGCCCAGGACAACAGCCUUAUUCUCGAAAUCAAGCUCAAGUCCGAUCGCAGCUUCGGAGAUAAAGACAUCGGUGAAAUACAUGUGCCCAUCAAGGAGCUGCUGUCUCAUAAAUCCGGAGAUGAGAAAACAGAGCAUGAAAGUAACGUCAGCUAUGGUGUCAGGACAUCUAGUGGCAAAACCAAAGGGACUUUGAAUUUUUCCUUCAAAUUCGGGGAAAAAUUCGAGGCUCCAUUGCACACACAGGAGAAAGCGAAAAAGGUCGACGAACCCGUAAUGGCAUAUCCAGCGGCGGGGUAUCCAGGCGCAGGGGCUAGUGCAAGUUCUGCCUAUCCACCUCCAGGUGGAUAUCCUCCACCACCACCCUAUCAUACGGAAGUGGGCAAGGGACAGGUUCCGUAUCCUUAUCCGCCACCAGGGGGUUAUCCGCCGCCAGGCGGAUAUCCACCACCUCCACAACAUGCAUAUGGAGGGUACCCUAAUGCUCCCGGGUACGGGUACGGUUACCCCCCAGCACAUGGGUACGGUGGGUAUCCAGCGGUGAUGCAGCAGCCGCAGAAGCCGAAGAAGAGCGGUGCAGGGAAGAUGGCAUUGGGAUUGGGAGCUGGGUUGCUGGGUGGGUUGCUUGUCGGAGACAUGAUUUCUGAUGUUGGGGAUAUGGCUGCCUAUGACGCCGGAUAUGAUGCUGGCUUCGACGAUGGUGGCUUUGAUUUCUAAGCUUUCCUUUUAUUUAUUUAUUUAUUUAUUGUUUUUUUUUUUUUUUCCUUUUAAUGGGAGAGAUGUUGUCGUGUAUGUGGAUACCCUUCGUCUUUUUAUUCAUAAAUAAAGAGCUGACUUUUUAUCUCA